AUGCAACAAUAUCAAACCGCCACUACCACCACAAAGGAUGCACAACAACCAUCGACCUCGUCUGCAGCAGCUCUUGACGCAGCAGCUGUGAGUUCAGCGUUUUCUUCCCUUAUUAGCAGUGCCAGUGGUCUCCAGCCGCUACAACCUGUUGCAACAGGUGCACCUGCAACUCAAGCAACUACCACAGGCCAACCUCAAGCAAAGCGAAAACAAGUCAAGAAUGCUUGCACCAACUGUCAAAAGGCUUGCAAAAAGUGUGAUGACGCGAGACCUUGUCCUAGGUGUAUCAAGUAUGGCAUUAGUGGUACGUGUGUCAACUCGGUGCGCAAAGAACGCAAAAAAGGCAUCAAGCGUGGACCCUAUAAGAGAAGACAAAAGACAGAGGAUGGCAAGAAUACAAAAGCUGCUCGUGUUGAACAAGGAGACACGCGAUCAUCCAACGAAGACACAGCGUCUCGUACCAAUGGUGUGAAUCCACCUACACUUGUACCCUAUGGCUAUCCAGGAAGUCUUCAACAAUAUGCACAGCACUUGGGAGCGGCUGCUGCUUAUGGCUACAAGGAGCAGGUCAUGUCCAAUCCCAAUUCUUUUGUUGUGGGCGCUGUGUAUCCAUCAUCUUUGGAAUAUCCCAUGGUUGUCCCUAGCAAUGGUGAUACACAACACAAGGAUCAAUCCACCACUGAUAAGGAUGGCAAGUCAACAAAUGAAGCAGAAGACAAGCACGCCACAGCAGCCGUACCUGAUGCAUCCACUUCAUCUGGUACUUCGUCACCUGAUUCUGCCCAAGAUGAGGAUGCUACACGAUUUGAACGACUCACCCAAUUGUGCACGGCAGCUCUUAAGCAAAACGACAACAACAGCAGUAACAACAACAAAAAGAAGGAUGUUGAAGGCAAAUCAGAGGAUUAG